UCGACGAGCAUUCGGAACGCGCUCACGAACGUCCGGUCCAACCCUGCCCGGCGAGCUCUCCGUCUCGAUCCCAUCUGCCACCGAGCUGCCUCAAACGCGACGAGCAUCUCCUCCUCUUGGCCAUUUCAAGGAGCCGAGCGACCUCAAAGCCCAACGAUCGGUGUCCUUUCCUUGCCCUCGCCGAGCUUCCUGUUGCGGUCGGGACUCCCCCGAGCAGCAGCAGUUUGGUUUGAGAAAGGCCUGUCGGUCUUCUUUCUGCUUCCUGGAGUGGCUUAAUUUUGCAUAAUUGGCAUCUCCAUUGUUGUUUAUUCAGGCAGUUCAAUGAGAUUACCCAGCUCUGCAUCUUAUUCUUGGAUCGUUUCUGGAAUCAAAUCUGCCUUAGUUCAAAAUUCUCUAUUUGGGGGAAAAUGCUUCCAUGCUCAUGUGAUCAAGAUCGGAUAUUUGCAUGAUAUUUAUCUUUGCAACCAUCUGCUCAACUUUUACGCAAAAUCUUACAGCGUCAGUGAUGCCAAUGCAUUGUUCGAUGAAAUUGAUGAACCAAACUUGGUUUCCUAUUCCACACUCAUUUCUGCAAAUUCUAAGCUGGGAAAUCCUUCAUUUGGUUUGCGUCUAUUGUCUGAGUUACACAGGUUGCAAAUUGAGCUGAAUCCUUUCAUAUUCUCAGCCUCAGUCGUGGCAUGCUCGAAGCUAAAAGAUUUGGGCCUAGGCCAGCAAAUUCAUGCACAAGCUGUUGUCUCUGGACGGGCAACUGACUCAUUUGUCAAUACUGCACUUGUUGAUAUGUACUCAAAACUUGGUGAUCUGGCCGGUGCUACAACUCUUUUUUACCAAUGCCCAAGUGACGACCCUGUUAUGUUCAAUGCUAUGCUGAGUGGAUAUGUUAGUCAUGGUGAGUGUGAGCAAGCUAUAUGGGUCUUUAAGCAAACAAGAAAGAGAUUUAAUAUUAAGGCAUCAGAAUUUUGUUUUGCGAGCAUUACUAAAGCCUGCUCGGACUUAGAGAGAGGGAUCGGAGAGCAACUUCAUGGUCUUAUUCUAAAGAUGGGAUUUGAUUCUAACUGUUUUGUUGGAACUUCUCUUGUCGAUAUGUAUAGCAGAUUUGGAGAUACACAGAGCAUGGAAAUGGUUUUACGGGGUACCGAGUCAUGUGAUAUUGCAUUGUACAAUGCCACAAUCGGUGGAUUUUCAAGAAAUGGACUUGACAAAAUAGCAUUGGAUUAUUUCAUUGACAUGAUGUUGGAAGGUUUUUUACCAAACGAUUGCACUUUAUCUAGCGUACUCAAAGCUUGUGGUAGUUUGAAGUCUUUGGAUUCGGGAAGGGUGAUUCAUGGGAUUGUGGAGAAGUCCAGAUUUCGACAAGAUGUGGUGGUAAAUACUGCUUUGAUUGAUAUGUAUGCUAAAUGUGGUUCUAUAAAGGAAAGUUGCACAGUGUUUGGCUACAUGCAUGAGCGAAAUACUGUGUCUUACAACUCUUUGAUAUUUGGACAUGGGCUAAAUGGAAACUAUAGAGAGGCCAUAUCUGUCUUCAAUGACAUGAAUAAUAAUAAUAUCAAUUGUGAUCUUGCUACCUUUGUUGCUUUGUUAUCUUCAUGUUGUGGACAUGAAUGGAUCACAUACGUCCAUGCAAUUAAACAUGGUUUUGCAUCAGAGCUGAUGGUUAAUGAUGCACUGUUACAUAGUCUUUGUAAAAAUGGCACUGUUGAUGAAGCUCUAGAAUUUUUCAACAAGAUGGAAUAUCAAAAUGUUAUUUCAUGGACUAUUAUGAUAUCAGGGCUUACAAUGUCGGGUCAAUAUUUUGAUGCAAUAUAUUUUUUCAAAACAAUGACAUCUUCAGGUAUAUCGCCUAAUAGCUUCACUUUCUCUAGUGUUUUGAAGGCUUGUGGUCAUUUAUCUUGUCCAAAAGGAGGGGGAUGCUUUCAUGCACAAUGCAUAAAGCAUGGGACCAUGGAUCACUACACCAACAGUUCUCUUGUGGACAUGUAUGCUAAGUGUGGAUCCCUGAAAGAGAGUAGGAGACUUUUUGAUGAACAUAGAGAUAAGGACAUAGUCCUCUGGAACACAAUGGUCGCUGGAUAUGCACAACAUGGUUAUGGUCUUGAGGCUCUAGAGCUUUAUACUUUAAUGGAGAAAAAUAACAUACAUCCGAACCAUGUAACUUUUGUUUCUUUUUUGUCAGCAUGUAGCCAUUGUGGGCUGGUAGACGAAGGGAUUCAGAUAUUUGAUCUAAUGGUUUCUAAGCAUGGAAUGAUGCCAAGCAUGGAGCAUUAUGCAUGCAUGGUUGAUUUAUUUGGUAGGUCUGGAAAGUUGGAUAGAGCAAAACGUCUAAUUCUUGACAUGCCUUUUGAAGCUGAUGUAUCAAUUUGGGCAACUUUCUUAUCUGCCUGCAAGCUUCAUGGCAAUCUAGAGCUUGCAGAGUCAGCUACAGAUAAAGUAAUGAAAAUGCAGGGCGAACUUAUUCCUACGGCCGUUCUCAUAUCCAAUUUGUAUAGUGAACUAGGAAGACCUCAUGAUGCUGAAUACAUGAGGAAGUUAGCAGGACCAAGAAUGAGAAAAGAGCCUGGGCUAAGUUGGAUUACCUAGAAGUAGAGAGCCUUUGCAAUGUUAGCAGCUAGCUCCUUAGCGUUGAAAGCACUUUUAACAACUCGCUGGUAGCUCAGGUCUGGAAUCACAGUGAUGCCAUGCGCACACACCUUUUGAUCUCCUUGAAGAAAACAUACAUGGAUGUAUCAAUCACUUGUGUAAUCCCAAGCGAAUUAAGCUUAGUUCAAAUGGCAUUGGACAGUCAAACUUCCUCAUGCCUAUCUUCAUACUAUGUGCGUGUUCAGUACAUUGGCAGCUGCAACUUAGAUGGAAAAUCUGACCCCCCUUUACGAAUGUGAAUAUUUCCAUCCAAGGAUUUUCAGACUUUGUGCAGUUGUCUUGUUAGCUGUGCAGUGCAAAGCAGAAGUCUACAUAUUUCCUCAAAUUGAUUUGAAAGUCAGCUAAGCUCAUUUCAGGGAGCUAACAUGUCGAUCGGAAUUCAACUAUGCAUGUGCAAACCACAUGAAAAUUUUGAGACGGUUGGAGCUGUUGCAUGUUUCAGGGUUCCUUUAUUGGUUUAUCGUCUCAAGCGAAAACAUAAAUGAUGGAAACAAGAGAAAACCAAGUGUUCUGGACAUGCGACAAUUGCAUUAGUAGGAGAGGCUGCUGGGAUGUAGCCCUUUGCUUUUGAAGAAAUUCUUUGGCUCGCUCUUUUGUCCUUCAAAAGCUCCUUUCAUUACUCCCUCCAUUUCAUUUUAUUGCUGAUUCUCCUUACUGGGCGUUUAAGCGCGGUUGGUUCAUUUUACUAGUUGAAGUGCAAUGUUUACGCACAGAACAUGAAUGUGUUUGCUUGUGUUCCUACGACUAGUUGAGCACAAUGUUUACGUACAAAACAUGAAUCUCUGUCUAUUUCAAAUUUUCUUUUCC